UUAUAAAUCUCUAUCUCUAUGUUGCAUACGUGGUUGUAAUAUCUAAAUAUAAUUUUUGCCGUUAAAUAUUAUAGUUUAAGAAAGGUUAAUCAAUAGUAUAGGAAACAAUCAUGAUUGAACAAAAUAUUUUACAACCUGGACAAUCCAUUAAACCUGAAGUUACAAAAGACGCGUCUAAAACAAUGAUUAAAGAUCUGUAUAGCUUGAAUUGCGAUAGCAUAAAAGAGUUAAAUGGUUACGACGAUAAAAAUUAUAUAGUUUCAGUGACCAGCGUUACGGAUAACGCAUAUAUUGAAAAAAUAAGUGAAAGUGGUUAUGUGUUAAAAAUUUUGAACUCUCUGGACUCCAAAAAUCCUUGCUUUAUAGAGGCGCAAACAUCUUUAUUAAUUUUCUUGAAUGAAAAUAAUGUGCAUUGUCCGAAACCUGUAAAGAACAAGUACGGUCAAUACUUUUAUACAAAAAAGUUACAAAGUGGAUAUCAUAUAAUUAGACUUCUCGAAUUUAUACCAGGAAAAUUGCUUCAUGAAAUUCCCGUAUCCAAUAACCUAUCGUUUGAAAUCGGAAUAUUUGUUGGGAAAUUAGACAAAAUACUUCAAGGUUUUGAUAACCCUGUUUAUCAAUCGCACAGCUCCAUUUGGAUGCUUAAUUCUGUUCCACGUCUAAAAGAAUUUACUUUUGCAAUUAAAGAAGAUAAUAAGUUACAGGUUUUUCUGAAUAUUAUAAAUAAUUAUGAAGAAAAAGUUUUAAAAAACUACGAUAAAUUUAGAAAAGGACUAAUUCAUGGAGAUAUAAAUGAGCAAAACUUAAUCGUUGAUGGAAAUUCCGAUACAGGAUGGUUUGUAUCAGCAAUAAUUGACUUCGGAGACAGUCACUAUUCCUGUUAUUUGUUUGAGAUUGCCAUUGCCAUGACGUACAUCAUGCUUACCACUAAAACUCUUGAAUCAGGAGGAUUUGUACUUGCAGGAUAUUUACAAAAUGUAAAAUUGUCGGACCUUGAAUUAUCACUGUUAAAGAUUUGCAUUGAAGCAAGAUUAACCCAAUCUCUCAUGUUGGGUGCGUAUUCUUUUCUAAAAGACCCUGAAAACCACUACAUACUUACUACAGCAAGAGAAGGAUGGAAUCUACUUGAAAGGCUAAGAAGCAAACCCGAUGAAGAAUUAUUGAAAACAUGGAGAAACGUAUUGGACAUUUAUUAAAAGUAUAAUAACGUACAUAAAUAUUGUUGUAAAUGUUAUACUUAACAGAAUAAUGCUAAAACUUAUAAUUAAAUAAGACAGUGCAUUAGUA